CUAUACAGAAGAGCUAGAAGGUCAGAAUUUACUGACGAGAGAGGAGAAGACUGGGAAGGAGAGUGUCAGUAAUCGUGCAAGUGAAACAACACCAAAAUGUUCAAGAUCGAGGGAUUGGGGCCAAAGAUGGAUCCCGAGGAGAUGAAGAAAAAAAUGAGAGAGGACGUAAUUACAUCUGUCAGGAACUUUCUGAUAUAUGUGACGUUGCUCAGAGUCACUCCGUACCUCCUGCAGAAACUGGACAGCAUAUAAAGACACACCCCAUCUUACCCCUUGAAGUUUAGACAGUUUUGAGAAGUUUGAAGACCAGGUGGUAACGGGAAUGUCAUGAAGACAUCAAAACACAGGAAUGCUUAAUUGGAUGUGUCUGACUGAAAAUCAUCUUUAUUUGAAUACACUUUUUUUUUUUUUUUUUUUUUACACUGGAACAUUGCUUUUCCCUUGUCACUGUGGUGUUUUAUUAAAAAGGUUAUUUUUGACUGGAUUUUUUUUUUUUUUUUUUUGGAAUAUUCAAUAACACACUGAGUUGUGUGAAACUGGCUUGGAAUAAUUGAGUGUGUAUAGUGCUUUCUCCUUCUAAAUGUGUGCUGUAGAGUUGCAAAGACUUGCAAAACAAUAUCUGAUGAUGAUUGUCAUUCAAAUCAGUUUUAUGUUCCCAUAUACAUCCAUAGUGUUCAUUUAAUUAAAUUCCAUAUAUGUUUAAUUCCACUGAAUGGUCUUACACAUUAAACAAUACAGACAUCCAUGUACACUGAAAUAAAGUUUUGUUAAGA